GAAUUUGAGAUAGUGUUGACAGUGUAUGACGAUAACUUCUGUCUGCACAAUGUUCUUCAUUUUCAUGGCUGUCUUUUCAGUAUGGCGUUGUUUUGGUCUCUUGAAAGGCGCCACUGCAAAUUAUUAUUGUUAUGUUCAAUGUUUUUGCCAUAUUAUAAACGUGUUUAAAGUCGUCAGUAACGAUGAAUGAUCACCAGAGGUGGGACCAAGUCAUUGUUUUGCAAGUCACAAGGCUCUGGCUUCUGCUUGCUGGGCGUCACUUCCGGGAACCCAAACUUCACUUUGUUGUGGCAGAAGUAGACCGACUAUGGCGGAGUCUUUAGUGGCGACUGGACGUGGACAAUUUUUCCAGAGCUUCAUGGAUGGUCUGACCAUUAAACCAGGACGGACUGGUGGUACCCGUCGGCCGGAUGAGUGUCGCCAAGCAGAGGCAGAACGCUGCAGGAGUUCUCCAGGUGGCAGAGCUUUGCACAGACACCAGGGAAGAACAACAUUUGUCAAGCCAUUGCCUGAGGAGAUUGUUCUGGAAAGACUACCAUCAGAGAUCCUAAUAAAGAUCCUGUCUAACCUGGAUGCUGCCUCGCUGCUGAGCCUGAGUUAUGUCAACAAGAUCUUCCACCAACUCGCCAACGACGAUGUGGUGUGGUACAAGAUCUACACGGCUGCCUUCUCUGUUAAAACAUGGAGGCUCAAGUCCACGGGGGACGCCACAAGGAAGGCGGAGCCUAAGGAGCACUCAUCAGGCGGCUGGAAGAAGAAGUACCUGUGGAAUAUGGGCGGACAGGAGCUGAGCACCUGGAGGAAAGAACUGACGGAUGUCAGCCCAUUCACUGGACUGCCUCUGCAAGCCGAGCGCAUUCUCAGGAACCAUAUUUGGGAGCUAAAGGUGUGUGAUCCCUUAGGCCGGGUGGUCACUCUGGACUUGAGCAGGGUCUCCUUCUUCAGUACGUCUGCGACACUGUGCUGGAGUGGAAACAGACUCAUUCAGUAUCCUCACAUCAGCAGCGUCCAGCUCUUCGGGGUCCGGAAGGAAGCGCUGAAGGGGCCCAGACCACAAUGGUGCUCACUUAUUUGCAAGUGGGACGCUAGGACUUGUCUUGCUCGCUUCCUUGGUAGAGACCGUCUGGUCCAAGUCAUGCUUCUCUCGCCUGGAUUCAUUCUGGGCGUCUGGAGGGGUUCAAAGACGGUGGCCUUCGUUAUGAUCAGCUUACACUUGCACAGGCUGGUGGAGAGGAGCCUGCUGGGAUCUCCAAUCUGGUCAACUUGGAGGACAUUUCUUUACGUGAGGUUCGUGGCGUCCCCCUGCAGUUCGUACUGGGAGCCUGUGGAAAAGUGGCUUGGUGAUUUGACGGUGCGUACAUAUGCGCUGCACUUUGUCCUGCACAACACCGUCUGUGAGAUCAUGUCGGUAUACUUCCAUCCUCUUAUCGGCAGACCAGGCUGUCCAGUUCGAGGCUGCCUGGUGGAGUUGCAGGCCACAAACUGGUCCAACAUGUCUCGGCAUCGGCUGCUGCCUGGACACAUCAAGCUUCCGUGGAAGAGCAAGGCUCUUGAGGGUUCUGUGGAGAUGUGCUGCGUCAUGGUGAUGACUCUGCUGGAGGAGGCCCACAAGCCCCUGUGGUGCGUCAGCAGGCCCGUCAGCAUCCAGAUGGUAAGGAAGCCGCCCUGCUCAGACUACAACGGUGACCACUUCCUGUUGGCUUACAAGGACGCGCAGGGCGAGGUGAGGAUGACUCUAGUCCGGCUGAAGGAGCAGGGGCAGUUCUUCGUCGUCAGCCUUGUCCUGAGCCUCUUCAAAGAAGACAGGCCCUUGAGCACCAGGUACUGACCACACUGGCCUGUGGGGGCAUGACCUGGGUUCUUUUUUCAGUUUUUGCUGAGGUUCUGACUCACACUAUUAAGACAAGGAGAUAGUUGCUGCUUUGUGUUCUAAUAAAUCAGCGGUUCUGCUGCUGGGCUGAA